UUAAUUCGGCACGUAAACCCGGAAGUACACAACUUAAAACAGUUGCACAGUCGCUGUGUGCUGCCGUGUGCCAAUUAUGUCAGUUUUAAUACCUAUUCUGGGGCUAGGAAUUGUGCUGUAUGUAAUCGUUUAUUACAACAUGUUUAAGGGAUCCCGAUGCACGAGUUCUGCAACCCUGAAAGGGAAGACGGCGAUUGUGACAGGGAGCAACACUGGCAUUGGCAAGACUACUGCUUUGGAAUUGGCCAAGCGAGGAGCGAGGGUCAUUCUAGCAUGCCGCAAUAAAGAGAGGGCUGAGGCCGCUGCCUACGACAUCAGGAAGGAGAGUGGAAGCGCCCAGGUGGUGAUCAUGCAGCUGGACCUGGGGAGUAUGAAGUCAGUGCGCUCCUUUGUUGAAACCUUCCUGAAGACUGAACCCAGACUGGACCUGCUGAUCAACAAUGCAGGGAUGAUGGGUCCAGGCCGCACAGAGGACGGUUUUGGCAUGGCCUUUGGUGUCAACCACCUAGGUCACUUCCUGCUGACCAAUCUGCUACUGGAGCGGUUGAAGCAGUGCAGUCCUAGUCGAGUGGUCAACGUGGCGGCUCUUCUCCACCGCCUGGGCACCAUUGACUUUGCCCUUCUUGGUGCAACCAAGGACCUGGUGCCAGGCCAGUCUAACUGGCACAACAUCAGGGCCUAUUGCAACAGCAAGCUGUGUAACAUACUCUUCACCAGGGAGCUGGCCAACCGCCUUGAGGGCACUAGUGUCACCACUUACAGCCUCCACCCAGGAGUCAUCUAUACAGAAAUUCUUCGAAACAUGAGCUGGUGGCUGCAGGUUCUGAUGGUACCCUUCGCUAAGCUCUUCUUCCUUGAUUUGGAAGGGGGUGCCCAGACCACACUGCACUGUGCCCUCCAGGAGGGCCUGGAGCCCCUCAGCGGACGCUACUUCUCUUCCUGUGCCCUACAGGAAGUUGGAGCUAAGGGGCGGGACGAUGCAUUGGCCAGAAAGCUGUGGGAAGUGAGUGAGAGGUUAAGCGGCCUAUGCUGAGAGACUCUGAGCACUGGUGCAAAAAGAACAGAUAUCAAAGGAUGGUCACAAAAUUAUGUGUUGAAUUUAUACUAUACAUAGUAUAGAUUUGUUUGAGCAAUACAGUGAUACUUUAUAAUUACCCAAUAUUGUUCACUAAUAUCGUUCACUAGCUCUCUGGUACUGUGCCUUGAAUUCUCCUCCUCCUACACAAGUAUAUAAUCAUGGCACUUCAUAAGCACAACUAAUCAGAGGCAACUUUUAUAGCUUAGUUUACUAGCAAUGUUUCCAUCUGGGAAGCUUCUGAAAAAAAUAAAACCCUGCAGUAACAGUUAUAUUACUUAUUUUAGUUUCAGAGCUAAAUGAAUAUCUUGGGUGAAUAACAUGAUACUAAAUGAGAAAAUCAUAACUUUUGGGUGUUGAGUUCUGGAGCUCUGUCAAUUGGAAAUUGUCCUUCUUUACAGUUCCAAUAUACCUUAUGUUAUAGGUUUAAUUAGAACACGAAGUGUUUGUUUAAGUUUGUGUUUCAAAAACAAUAGUUAUCAUUUGACGUCUGCUGACCUUACGAUAAUCAGUUGCUUAACUCUGCUUCACCAUAACCAAAUAUUUGUUGUUUGUAACGGAUGUUCUGUUUAUUUUUUAUUUUUCAUGCUACUAAACUCUGUGUUACAUUGUUUAUAAUUGUAAGUGCACCUGCUGCAGCAAGUUCGGUGUGAAAAGUUGUAAAGAAGUGCUGUGGCACCAUGAUGACGUGUGAAUCGUUCACAUUUACAAUACAUUCACUACUCAAAUCCUUCACUAUACUAUGCAGCAGCAGGAAACACAACUACUGACUGAACAUGAUCAGUGCCAUAUUUGAAACACAGCAUCCUUUCUAUGUGCAGUACAAGAACAAUAACCUUUGCAUUAGGAAAGUACUUGGUAUUGGGCAUUAUGUUGGUAUUGUGUUUUCUUGUUUCUUAUAUGUAGGUAUGGAAUGUUAUUGUUAGUUAUUUUAAUAAGAGUUUACAACUUUCAAUAAAUAUACCAUUAGCAUCUGUU